AUGUUGUCUGCUAAAAAGGAGGCUGCUGUGGCAAAAAGAGAGUUAGAUGCAAUGUAUGACGAGAUGGAUCGUAUCUCGCGCCAGUCUGUACAUUUUUCCAAACAUGAAGUUCCAGAAGGUAUUACACAAGACCGUGUUGAAGAACAGAAUAAACAGUUUAACAACAGCAUUUGUGCAAAACAGUUACCUCAUACAGAAGAACACUUACCCUUAAAUUCAUCGGCCAUUAGUGUCAGGCCAGAUCAUGCCAAGCUUGAAUGUCCAGCACAAGGUCUAGAAAUAGUACAACCACCCAUUGAACAUGUCUGGAAUCAAGGGCACUCUAACAACCACCACUAUCCAUUCCAAGGUUUUUCAGAGUUUUUAAUGAGAAAGGAACUGUUGUCGUCCAGGCUUGUAAAAUUUGAUGAUAAACCAGAGUCGUUCUUGUCAUGGAGGGCCACCUUUUGUUCUAUAAUGGAUGAGAUGAAGGUGUCUGCGGCAGAAGAGAUAGAUUUGUUAAUAAAGUGGCUGGGACCUCAGUCAGGAAAACACGCCACCAGCAUACGGAACGCUAGUACUGACAACUAUGCUAGAGGUUUAAGUCUGAUUUGGAAGCGGUUGGACGAACGCUAUGGAAGCCCAAAAUUGAUAGAGGCAUCCAUGAAGAAGAAACUGGCAAAUUUUACAAAGAUUACAGAGAAAGAAAAGGGGAAACUUAAUGAACUUGCUGACAUCCUCAUGGAAAUACAGUCAUGUAAGGCCAAUCCUAAGUAUGAGAAGUUGUUAGGCCAUUUUGAUACUACCGCUGGUAUCAACCCUGUUGUCAUCAAGUUACCUAAGAACCUGCAGAAUAAGUGGCGCGACAGAGCAACAAACUUUAAAAGAAACCAUGAUGUGCCUUUUCCUCCUUUUGACUAUUUUGUUAGUUACAUAAAUAUAUGUCAAAAAUGA